GUGGAGCUGGAGAAGCUGGAAAAGCGACUAUUCCUCAGGGGAAGAUUGCCGGCUCGACCGGAACCCGAAGGGGCAGAAGCCGAUGUGGAGGAGGAAAAAUCCGAAACGCCUCCUCAUCCCGUUGAGCUGAAGUCUCAGGAGUUUGAGCUGCUGAAGCGAGCCACCGGAGGCACAUCGACGCAGGAGGUUCUGGACAAAUUCCAGGCUCAAAAGCAGACCCAAAAUCGCCUCAAUGAGCUGCGAAAUAAGUCGGAAAAGGACAAGCGAAUGAUCGAGAAGCAAAUUGAGUCGUUGCGAGCCAAACUGGAUGAGUACAAGUACUCGGAGUCUCGCGACGCUGAUAAGAAAUCUGGCGGUUUAGAGCGGCUUCAGCUGGAGAUCGCCCAUCAACACUCGCGAUCUGACUCCUACAGAAAAGAAACCACAUCCAGAAAGCAAGCGCUGACUUCAGUGCUGCUCAAUUUGCAUGGAUUGCGAAGUUUGGUCAAUCCGGUGGCCGCCUCCGAUGAAACCCCCUCCGGCAUGAUGGCAGGAUUUGUCCUGGAUGUGAAGGAGCUGGUCCGCAGAUACGCAAAUUGUAAGCGAUUUCAGGGGCGGAUUGAGCAUGUGGAAGCCAAUUUGCCUACUCCCUACAGUGGCCUGAUUAGGAGGACUCCUCAGCCGCAAAUGAUGGGGGCGCCCAGUCCUGGACCUCCUCCAGGUAAAGCCCACUUUGAGGCAAGGGAAAGAAGUGAGGGUGUGCUUGCAGGUUCAGAAGAUGAGGAGGAAGUGCCUUCGAGGAGCUUCCUGAAACGACAGGCUCAACUGGUGAUUGAUGCCAAGUCAAGGCGGAGGAAUCUUAGGAUACAGCUUCCCAAAAGGAACUAAUGCGUGGGUUUUUUGCCUGAGAGUUUCCAAGCUAGGUUAUGGACAGGGUGUUUUUUUAGCCCUGGAAUUUGCUUAGAUGGAACGCGCUCUUGAGCUAAGAAUUGUAGGAUUUUGUUUGAGUUAAGUGCUCAUCGGGAUGCUUGACUUGAAAAUUGAUAUGGAUAUUCGCAUGUUGCACUUUUCCUCUUAGGAAUUCAGGUUUUACCCAAAUUGCUCAUUUAAUGUACAGAGUAUUGCAAACAUGCUCUUAUUGUAAUGAACAUUUAUGGCAAUUGGCGAAUAUAAAACAGAUUGCAACUAACCCGAUGAGUUGUGCAGGCAUGGAGAA